AGUCUUCUCCAACACCACAGUUCAAAAGCAUCAAUUCUUCGGCACUCAGCUUUCUUUAUAGUCCAACUCUCACAUCCAUACAUGACUACUGGAAAAACCAUAGCCUUGUCAAAAUUGGCUGUUUUUUUCUUGAUGCCUUCUCCUUGCCAGCAGUGAAUGGGUACAUUUAUAGGUUUACCUCAGAUCUUCACUUUAAGAGAGAGAUUAUUACCAUCACAAUGGAAACAAAUAGAACUCAAAGACUGACUUUCCCAGGCCCCCAACAAAGACACGUCUCCUUGGCAUCACCACACCUCACCGCCCUCUGUUACCCUGACUGUCAUUAGUCUGGCCUAGAGAUGGGGGAUCCUGCCAACCUGCUCCAGCCCCCGUUGUCUGAAAAACUCAGGCCCCUCUUGAGUUACUUCUCCUUGGUGAGUUCUUGCAUCCCCAAACAACUGCUUUGUUUGGGAGUAGAAUUCACUGGGCACCAUGAUUCAAUAUAGCCCUGUUGGAAGUGGGUUAUAGGUGACGAUGGACCUAAGUGGAGAGACUAAGAGAAAUUCAGCUUAGAUUUUGAUAAGAAUGAAAAGACUGAAAUAUAUGUGCAGUCUCAUCAUUCUUAUGACCUCUCCUAGAUGUGUUUUACCCCAUGGAUUUAUCACCUCCCACCACCAGUCUAGAUCUGUUUGCCAAAAUGUGAAGUAGUCCUAUGGAUAGAGCUUCAUGAGAAAUUUGGCUUUUUUUUUUUGGUAGAUUUACAAGGGGUGUUUGCACAUGAAAGGCUCUGAGAAGUCCAGCAGGCAUGUUGUAACUUGAACAUAUUUUCUGAACUUAGGGUUCUUUUUAGCCUUGUUUACUUCUCCAUAUAGAAGAAAAGAGGCUUCCUUGGAGGCUCAGUGGUAAAGAAUCCACCUGCCACCGCAGGAGACCCAAGAGAUGCGGGUUUGAUCCCUGGUCCAGGAAGAUACCCUGGAGUGAGAGAUGGCAACCCACUCUAGUACUCUUGUCUGGAAAAUCCCGUGGACAGAGGAAUCUGGUGGGUUUUGGCCAAGGGGUUGCGAAGAAUCAGAUACGACUUGGCCACUGAGCAACAACAACCACUGAACUUACAAUGGAAACUUCUUUUCAAGUCACAUUUGGUAACAUAUCUCAGGACAAGUGUUCCCCAGAGCAAAUGAUCUGUUGCGAGCUGUGAACCUAAAUGCCAGCGGUGUGACCACUGCGCUGGCAACCAUACAGGAGUUCCGCACAGGGAUUGAGCAUCUUCUAAGACAGACAAUACAUGCUCAAGCUUUCUGAUAACGUUAAAGCUAGCAGUUUGGGGUCUGGGUGAAGGAGGACAAAAUAUAUCUAGUAAAUACAUGAUAGUCCACCUUAUUAGCUGUUUUUGGAUGCCAAAAUAUCCCAGGUCAUAUGAGUGUGCAUACAUGAAUAUAGACAUAUAUCACGUGGGCUUCCCAAGUGGCACAUUGGUAAAGAAUCCACCUGCCAAUGCAGGAGACUCAGGUUCAAUCCUUGGGUCAGGAAGAUCCCCUGGAGAAGGAAAUGGCAACCCACUCCGAUAUUCUUGCCUGAAAAGUCCCAUGGACAGUGGAGCCUGGUGGGCUACCAUCCAUGGGGUUGCAAAGAGCUGGACACAACUUGAGCGACUGAGCACACUGAAUGCAAUGCAUAAGAAAUUUUCCCAAUCUUCCAGCUCAGAAACUUCUGAAACAGCCUCAGUCUCCCGGGACACACUGUUUUCCAUAUUCCGUUUAGGUUCAUAAGUUGAGCCAUACAAACGUCCGGUUUUAAGGUGUAUAUAUGUAUGUAUCUUUUGACUAAACACGCUUUUCAGAUUAAAUUGUUAAUAUCUUUUUCAAAUUGUAUUUCAAGAAGCAGCAGAAAGAUGAAUGACUAUCAGACUCAGAAUUCUGAUUUUUUAAAAAUAUUUAUUUAUUUGUUUGGCUGUGCUGGGUCCUGGCUGGGGCCUGUGAACAAGAUCUUUAGGUGUGGCGUGUGGGAAUCUAGUUUCCUGAUCAGGGAAGCAGAGACUUAGCCACUGGGCCACCAGGGAAGUCCCCAGAAUUCUGAUUUUUAUUUAACAAAUAUUUUAAUCACAAAGAUCGAUGCACAUGUCACAGCGUACAUAAAUAUGUAAGCACCCGUUUCCUUUCUGCAGACUCAGCUCUCUUAUCAUACCAAAGGGGGACUUUUUGUGUACAGCAAAGAUCACUUAUAGAUAUUUAGAUCUUCAAUGAAUGUUCAGUGUACUAGAAAUACAGAUUCAAAAUACCAAAUUUUCCCUUAUAGAGUUAUAACUUGGAAAACCAAAAUUUCCUUCAGUUUUUAUAAUCAACAUUAUUUGUUUGUACAUUUGGUAUUUUAAAGAUGAUCAAAUAAAAACUGUAACUCUCAGUGGGCCUUUGAAAAGCACUGGAUCAACUCAAACUAAAGACUAAAGUCCCUUUACUCAAUAAUUAAAACACAGUUAUGAAAGACUUCAAAUCAAAUCUUUCAGAGUACUUAAUCAGGCUUCCUUAGUCUUCAUAUCUGAGCCAGUUACUCUGAGCCACUGGGCACAGCGAUGAACAAAGCAGAACAAUGAACUGCAGUGAACAAAAGUAUCCCUUGCUUUCAUGGAGUUUACAUACUUGUAACUAUUAAAUUCAUUCACCUCUUGUAAAUCUAAUAAACCAAAGUUUUAAAUGAGGAGCAUAUCAAAGUCAAAAUUCUGACUUUCAACUUAAACCUACAAGUCUAAAAUCAGAGUUGGCCCUUGAACAACACAGGUUUGAACCACCCAGUUUCAGUUAUAAGUGGGUAUUUUUCAAUAGUAAAUAUUAAAUCUGAGAACUAUGGGUGGGAUGGCAGCUAUAAAUUAUACUUGAAUUAACUCAGUUGUUUCAGGGCCAACUGUAUACAUUUGAAUUAGAAUCACAAAGCAAAUGUUUGUCUAUUUAGUGUCACUAAUCUAUCCGAUAUGUAAAUACCAAAGGUACAAAUGAUUCUUAAGCCUGAUUAAAAAAUUACAAAUACUAUGAAAGUGAUUUGCUAUAUCGUUUUCUCUAUUUAAUUCUAAACUGUCCUACUAGGAACCACUGGGAUUACACAGUUGAGCUUGCUUAAUGAACAGGUCAUGACCCAGAUACUUGAUUGUCUCAAGUAGGUUGAGAGAUUUGAAACUAGGACUAGAGACCUAGAAGUUGUGUAUGACCAGAGUGAGUCUUUCCACAGGACGGAUGCACACACCAAGUCUGAUUUUAACAGUGGCUCUAGUAACGGGACUCCACCUCUACGUGGCAUUGGUUUCACAAGAUGUUGUUUGCUAGAUUCAAGUCUUACCUUCAUAACUUCUUUUGAUGUUGCCACUUACUUUGGAUGGAUAAUUUCUUAACAGCCCCAAUCUCCUGCUUUACUGAUUUGACUCAGCUAAGCCACCCUAUUUACAGCCUGGUUCUUCUGUGUCUGGCUAUUUGGCUUUGGCUCCGAGAACGUUCUCUUGAGUAUGAACACUGGGUGAUAUCACUGCUCUGCAAAAUGGAGUUGUAACUCUCCUCCCAAAAUAACUAUCAACCCACCCUCAUUCCUUCAUACCAACAAUGAAUCAGUUUUUCAGUUUUAAGUCAUAUGAUUCAAAUUCAAAUCAAACCCUCCAGAAGAGCCCUGGAUGACCCCUUCCCUAAACAAAUUCCCUCUUCUAAGCCCUCUUUAUAUAGAAAUUUUAAAACUAUCAUUGCUUCUUUGCUUAAAACCCUUUAUUGGCUCACUUACUACAAUAGAAUUCGAAACCUAAACAGGCCCUGCAAGCCCUUGCAUGAUCAGGCUCUUGGCUUCAUCCAUGAUCUCAUCAUGUGCCUUCCCCUUAUGCUCCAAUUCCAGCCACACUGGCCUCCUUUCACGUCUUCCCACGGAAACCGAGAUGCUGUCCUACCUCAGGGCCUUUGCACGCACUGUUCCCACUUUCUGAAACAUCAUUCUCUCCACUCUUUGCUUGGAUGACUCCAUAUCCUGUAGGUCUCAGGUUAACCAUCAUUUUUUCAUAGAGAUGAUUCUUCUUUGUAGACCUCAACACAAUCUGUGUAUUUAUUUGCUUACUACUUAGACCUUAAAUUACAUGGGGCCGUGUGUGGUGUUCUGUUUGCCUAGCACCCAUCACAGCAUAUACUAGUCAACAAUCCCAGUAGCAAUGUGUGUGUGUGUGUGCUCAGUCACACAAUUGUGACCCCAUGGACUGUGGCCCACCAGGCUCCUCUGUCCAUGGGAUUUCCCAGGCAAGAAUACUGGAGUGGGUUGCCAUUUCCUCCCCUAGGGGACCCUCCCAACCAGGGAUCUAACCCAGGUCUCCUGCAUCUCCUGCACUGGCAGGAUUCUUUACCGCUGAGCCACUUGGGAAGCCCACAGCUGUCACAACGAUUCCACUGGCCUUCAGUCGCAACUACUGUAAUCAUUCAUAGAACCACUUUUGGCUCAUGGGAGGCAGAGUAAUUGUCUGUUGAAUUGGAUUGAGAUAUCUAAAUGUCAGUAUCUCAUGCACCCAUUAAUACAAUUAUUUUUAUUACCUUUAUGGUUCUUUACACAUUUAGUCUUCUAUAGCUACUAAAGCUGGAGGCUUUCUGUUCUUAGCUGUCCUCUUACAGUAAAGAAGACAUUUUAGCAUGCCUUUUGGGGAACUGUCCUUUUCUAACUUUUAAAAAAUGUCACUGAACAUUAGCUAAUUGGUGUAGGGCUGGUACUAAAUCUGGAUUAGUGUAAAUACACGUUCUAUAGGCUGCUUAGUGAUUUUUAUUUGUUUGUUUACCCUAGUUUCCCGAGAGAGGCAUAUGAGUAACCCUAGCCCCAGGUGGCAGCCCGGAGAUGUUGAGUGCAAGUUCUAGAUUCUAUCCUGUUUGUGGCUUAAGCUCCGCCCUCUACUGUGUCGUUCUCCAAGAACCUUGCCCCCCUCCCCCACCCCACCCCAAAAUUAAUGCCUUGGAAAAGCACCGAAUUGUGCCACGACUCCGGAAUCUUAACCGUUUAGGACUUGGUGGCUUUUUUUUUUCUUCGCGGGGGAGGGGCUGUUUGUUUGUUUGUUGUUGUUGUUUUUUGCGGUAUCAGCCCGAUCAUGGCCUCAUAUCCCCGUCUCUGUACCUUGGCACCUGCGAAGAUGAAAAAACAGCAUAAAAUACUAUUUUGAACGUUGCAUCGUCACUCACGGAAAAAGGCGCAAAGGCGUAAGAAAAACCGGCUUUAUUUUUGUUGUUUACAACACCUAGACGUUUUUUGGAAACCCGAAGGAGAAGGGCAGGGUUGCUGGGGAAACGGCCGUAGGGCCGCGCGGUCGGGGUUCGCCGCAAUGUGCCCGCGCGUCUGCGACUCGGCGUGACCCCCGCGCCCCUGGCCCUGCGCCCCGGUUGGGGCGGCGCAUAGCCCCCUCCUCCCGUCCCGCGCCGCGCGCACUGUUGUCCUUGAGCGAUUGGUUGGUUGGACCAGAAACAGCUGUGCAGAACUGAGCCGUGCAGAGGGGCUGUGGACCUGAAUGCAGGCUGUCGGGCUGGGAGUGACUGACCCCGGGGGCUCGAGGGAGAGAGAGGAAGAGUCGGAGCCGCCUCCGCCGCGCUCUCCCGGCAGCGUGGAACCAGGUGCCCGGGCGCUGGCGGCGGUCUGAGGAGCUCCGGGUUGGCGCCCCCUUCCCCCGGCUCAGCUGCCUUCGGGGUUGGUGCAGGUGGGGGCCAGGCAGGGCACCGCGGAUCGCCCCGUUCCCACUGACCAGUUUCUCUUCCUUUCUGCGAGGGGGAGGCGCUAACCGUCAAAAAAAUGUAAAUAUCCAGGCGCGGACUCCGGGCUGGGGCACCAGCCGAGUUCCCAACGCCGCCGCCGGGUGUUUUGCAUGGAAAUUGAGAAGCCAGACAGGCUCGGUGCUCUAACUUAAUGCAGCUCGGCGAUUAGCAGGAGGCCGGGCACCUUCCCGGCUCCCUGUCCAUCAAUAGCCUUUCUGCGCGCUCGCGAUCGCCGAGCCUCGGUGCCGCCGUGCGGGGUGUCGACCGGCAGAUGCCGCAUCCUUGGCAGCCAUGGCUCCCGUCGCCGCCGCGGCCAGUAAGUAGGAGCAUGCAUGUGUAGGGGGGGGCACAUGAGUGUCGGCGCGCGCGCGCACACACACACACACGCACACACGCACGCACACCACCCCGAGCCUCGGAAGGAAGGAGGAAGACCGACGAGGCGCUGCAGUUGCGAGGACGACUCGGGCUCUUCGUGAAUUCGGCAGGAGCCGGCCUGGCGCAGCUGCUGACUGCAGAGCCUGCCCCGGAUCGUGGGCACACGCGCCCCCAACCCCCUCACCCGAGCCUCUGGAAUGAAGACUGCCUCCCGAGGAUUGCAGGGGAGGCAGAGCCAGCCCGCGCCCGGGACUGCGGGCCGCGCGGCCGGUAGGCCCAGGGGGACACGACUUGGACGCUGUCAUCCCCACGCCUCGCUCUGAGCCGCCCGGUGCCGAGAGGGUCUGUCGCCGCCCCCUCCGGCUUCCCGGGCGCCCGAUCCCGGGUCAACCCCGGAGGCCCCGGCUUCCUCAUUUGUUUGGGGCUUUUGUGCCGGGGGCUCACAGUUGGCUAAGCACUCCAGCGCUGAAUCGGGCCAUUGUCUGCGCUCCCAUUGCUUCCACGCUGCAAGUCUCGGCGCCCCCACCCCGCCCGCCCUGCUCCCCGCCUCCUCCUGGCCGGGGAGCCUCCUAACGUGCCUUUCCCCCCCCCAGGAAUCUGGAAGCUAUAAGCCGGGCGGAUUGCAAAUGAAGUGUAAUGCAUUGUGGGACGUGUGUAAAAUCGGAGCCUUCGCCGUGGGGGUGUGUGGGGGCGUGGGGAGGGCCGGACCCGCCGCUGGCGGUGUAGACGCCGACGAGGAGGGGCUGGGAAAAUGAGCGCAGAGUCCGCCUGGGUCGUGCCCGCCGUAGACGGAUGAAGCCGCGCGCUGCGCCCCGGCGCUGAGGCCCGGAGGAUCGGGGGCGGCGGGUCGCCCUCUCCACCAUGAAGAAGACCCGGAGCACAACCUUACGGCGCGCCUGGCCUAGCUCGGAUUUCUCGGACCGGGCCUCGGACCGCAUGAGGUCCCGCAGCGAGAAGGACUACCGCCUGCACAAGCGCUUCCCCGCGGCCUUCGCGCCCCAGGCUUCGCGGGGCUACAUGACAUCAGGUGAUGUAUCACCAAUCAGUAUGUCUCCCAUCAGUCAAUCUCAGUUUAUCCCACUUGGGGAAAUCCUUUGCUUGGCCAUCUCCGCAAUGAACUCGGCAAGAAAACCUGUCACCCAAGAAGCACUGAUGGAGCACCUGACCACCUGUUUCCCAGGUGUUCCCACCCCAAGCCAAGAAAUUCUCCGGCACACGCUGAACACGCUGGUCCGGGAGAGGAAGAUCUACCCGACUCCUGAUGGCUACUUCAUCGUCACUCCACAGACUUAUUUCAUAACUCCUUCCCUCAUAAGAACUAACAGUAAAUGGUACCAUCUGGACGAGAGGAUACCUGACCGGUCUCAGUGUACCUCUCCCCAGCCGGGGACCAUCACGCCCUCUGCCUCAGGCUGCGUCAGGGAAAGAACGUUGCCCAGGAACCACUGCGACUCCUGCCACUGCUGCAGGGAAGACGUGCAUGGCGUGCACGCGGCCACCCUGCAGAGGAAGCCCGCCAAGGACUGCAAAGACCCUUACUGCCCUCCUUCCCUCUGCCAGGUGCCAGCCACUGAAAAGAGCAAAAGUACUGUCAACUUCUCGUACAAAACGGAAACCCUCUCCAAACCGAAAGACGGUGAAAAGCAGUCCAAGAAAUUCGGGCUCAAGUUAUUCCGGCUCAGCUUUAAGAAGGACAAGACCAAGCAGCUAGCCAACUUCUCCGCCCAGUUUCCUCCCGAAGAGUGGCCCCUGCGAGACGAGGACACGCCGACCACCAUCCCUCGGGAGGUGGAGAUGGAGAUCAUCAGGCGUAUUAACCCGGACUUGACCGUGGAAAACGUCAUGCGGCACACUGCACUGAUGAAGAAACUUGAAGAAGAGAAGGCGCAUCGGAGUAAAGCCGGGUCCUCUGCCCAUCACAGCGGAAGAAGUAAAAAGAGCCGGACUCACCGCAAGUCCCACGGAAAGUCUCGGUCACACAGCAAGACGCGAGUGUCCAAGGGAGACCCGUCCGAUGGUUCCCAUCUGGAUAUCCCGGGCGAGAGGGAGUAUGACUUUUGCGAUCCUCUUACCAGGGCCCCCCGGGAGGGCUGCUUCAUCAUCGAACACAAAGGAGAUAACUUCAUCAUGCAUAGCAAUCCGAACGUGAUCGAGUCUCAUUUCCCCAUGACCCCAGAAUGGGACGUGUCUGGGGAACUGGCCAAAAGGAGGACUGAAAUGCCUUUUCCUGAGCCUUCCAGGGGAAGCUCACACUCGAAAGUGCACCGAAGCCACAGCCAUACCCAGGACCGAAGGUCCAGGAACGAGAGAUCCAACAAGGCCAAGGAGAGGUCCAGAUCGAUGGAUAACUCUAAAGGCCCUCUGGGUGCUUCUUCUCUGGGGACGCCUGAAGACCUGGCCGAAGGCUGUAGCCAAGAUGACCAGACCCCCAGCCAAUCCUACAUUGACGACAGUACUUUAAGGCCUGCACAGACUGUCGGUCAUCAAAGGGCUCACGUUUCGUCUGCAAGCUAUAAAGAGGUGUGUAUUCCAGAAAUAGUCAGUGGCAGCAAGGAACCGCCCAGCACUUGCAGCCUCUUGGAGCCAGGCAAAGCGCCAGAGAGUUUGCCAUCCUUCGGUGAACUCAACUCUUGUCCAACAAAGACGGCUGCAGAUGACUAUUUCCAGUGCAACACCUCCAGUGAGACGGUGCUCACGGCACCGUCCCCUCUGGGGAAGAACAAAGAGGACCACGACACUCUGACCCUGGCGGAAGGGGUGAAAAAGCUGCCUCUGUCAGACAGGCAGGCCCCUCAUUCCUCCAGGGAGCCUGCAGGGCACAAGGAGGAGUCGCCAAAGGGGCCGGGCGGGGGUCCAGUCGCUCCAGGCGCCGUAGUCGAAGGCCUUGCCAACGGACGCCUCAUCCAGCAUCACGGCACCGAGCCCAGCACCCUGGACAAGAGGAAAGAGAUAUUCAGCAAAGACACACUGUUCAAACCUCUUCACAGCACCUUGUCUGUAAACAGCUAUCACAAAUCAACCCUGUCCCUCCUCAAAUCGCACCCGAAGACCCCUGCCGACACACUGGCAGGCCGAUGCGAGAAACCAGAGCCGUCCCUAGGGACCUCGGCUGCCCCCGCCCUGCCGGCCUCCCAGCGUCAGCAGGAGUCAGUGGGGAACCAGGAGGCCUCUUUCGACUAUUACAACGUCUCUGAUGACGACGAGUCUGAGGAAGGGGCCAACAAGAACGCAGAGGAGGAGAAAAACAGAGACGAUGUAGGUACCAUGCAGUGGCUCCUGGAGAGGGAGAAGGAAAGAGACUUGCAGAGGAAAUUUGAGAAGAACCUCACCCUGCUCGCCCCAAAGGAAGCCGACAGCAGCAGCAACCAGAGGGCCACCCAUUCGGCACGUCUAGACAGCAUGGACAGCAGCAGCAUCACAGUGGAUAGUGGAUUCAACUCCCCACGCACUCGGGAGAGCCUGGCUUCCAACACAUCAAGCAUUGUUGAAAGUAACCGUCGUCAGAACCCUACCUGGAGCCCGGCCCACGGUGGAGCUGGCCCGGCCUUCAGUUUCCGAGCAAGUACGGACCCCCCCACCAACGAAGCUGAGAAAUUACAGAAACCUUCCAACUGCUUGCAAGCUUCUGUUACUAGUGUGUGAUAGUCAUCCUGCCUCCGACCUCCCGUCUCAUUCGAUACAGCCAAGUUUACGACACUGUGGCUGGUGUUUACAUCUUUGGAAAGACAAGCAUCUCAACGGCAGUUUUUGUGUUGACUUAAACUGUGCUGCUAAGUAGGCUAGGGCAAAAAACAACAACCGAAAAAUCUUUCUUUCAGAGUAUUGCUUUUCACAUUUAUGGCUCUGUAGCAACAAGAAUAGCAGUAGGGUGAUAUGUAUACUUUUGCUUCACUAAUUGUAAUUGAGCACACAUAGGGAAGUCUAGACACUCUAAGUGUAAUAUGCCUUUUCGAUGUCUUGCAGUUGCCAAGUCCAUUUUAAAAUGCCGCAGAUGCGUGUUGCUCCCAGUCUGUGACCAGAUGGUGCCACAGAACUGAUCCUUGACACUUCCAAAAGAAAACAAAAAGAUAAACAACUAAGCCACCACAAAAUGUCAAAUGCAAGGGUCUACCUUGAGGGAAAUUGAUGCCAAACUGACAAAAAGGGACCCCAGCCCUUUGUGUGUGAAUCACCGAGGCCCCAGUCAUUUUGCACUGUGAGUUUUUUUUUGACACGAUUUUGUAGGAGCCCAUGGAAGUGUGUCAGAAGGGGUCGUGAUCCAAAUACUGGGAGUGUUUGUUUUCAGGAUUUUGUUUUUUUAAGUGUCAUGGAUGCUUGUCCGAUACGUUUAACCUUCCAUCAUCACAAACAGGAAUAUAGGCCUUUGAUUCUGAAAUGGACAAAGGAAGGGUCCCCCAGCCUGGCUGGGGCACAGCACUGAAUGAUGGGAGAGGGAAUGCGGACUUUUAAAAAGGUGUUCAUCAGAUAGUGAAGGAAGAGCAUUUCUUCCUUGUGAGACUUAAGGGUGAUGCUAUCUUACUAUCAGAGAUAAACGAUAAUUAGUUUGUUUAAAAGCAAAAUGUUCUUUGUGAUACAAAUGAAGACUAUGGCCUGGGGACGUUAUUCUUUCUAAUGGAAGGACAUAAAUCUAUUUUAUGUAGUUUUAAAUAGAAUGCCUAAAUUAGGCUGUGGGAGAUAAUUUUUAGUGGUUAUAGGAAAGAGCAAAUUUUGGGAGAGCUGAACUUCAGGCCUUUUAUUCCUGGGAAGAUAUCUAUAGAGAAAACUUUAAAAUACUUUUUGAUUAGAAAUAUACAUGUGCCCAUGUAAUUAACAACAGAAUGUGAUCAUUCUGCAAGUGUGGUGGACCCCUAACUGUACGCCCCCUAAAUUUAUCAGAAUAACAAUUAUGCAUACAUGAACUAUGCCAGAGUAAUGUUUACAGAAACUUUGUAACCAAUUUCAGGAGGCAUUUUUAGGUGGAUGUAUAGUUUUUAGCCCAAUUUAUUUCAGGAUGGCUUAUUAAUUACAUUUUGUUUCCAUUUACAAUGUCAUGAUGACUACAGAGAAGGUUCUCAGCAACAAAGGAAUUACAAAUAAUCAAGAUUCAUUUCUCUAGGAAAGAGAUGUCUCAAAAGUUCCCGUGUAUUAUUUUAGGAGAACCAUGGAAUAAAUCUGUAGAUAAUGGAAAUUUUAUUCACAAAAGGAUUUCAUUUGAUACCAGUAAAUGGUCUGACCAAAAGUUUUAUUUAGCUGAGUGGCAUGUGAUGUUUGGAGCCAUAUACCAUAAAAUACAUACCCCAAAACAAAUCUAAAAUAUUUUCACCUCGGAUUUCAGGAAUUGGCAUAAAUUGGCAAAACACUUCUGCUUCAGUAUUAGGUUGAGUCACUAGCCAUCUGUUUAAAAGAGUAGAGUCUUUAAAUAGACACAGUUGGGCUGUUUCUUGAAACGUUUAGAGACUCUCUCAUGCUUUUUCAGAUAGCUGGAAGUUUCGUUGGGUCAAACUGGACUCGUUGAGUUUAGUAUAGUUUCCUUUCUUUGCGCUUAUAGUGAAACGUGAGCACGUUUCUUGGCAAACUCCCACACCUUUAAAAUGCUUCUGUUGGUUGGCUUUCAGUCUCAUGCUUUAUUUCCUCCAAGGCAUGCCUUGAUUGCUCAGAAAUGCACUCUUGUCUUACUGCUUAAAUUUGUCCAGAAGGAAUGAUAACGUAUCCAAUAGACUAUACACAGAGUCUGUGUCCUUGGGGAGUUGUAUACCACACAGUUACUAAAUUCUUCUGUCUAAAUUCUCUUUUUUUCACCCCUAAACCUACCCUCCAGCGUGAAUCAUACAAUCAGUUCAUAAAUAAUAGAACCAUUGAAACAAUACAUCAGCCUCUAGUUGAUCCUCCUAAAGUAGCCAUUAGAAGAAUCACAUACUGUGUGAACAGGAAAGAAAAGCAUUACCUUUAAAGAGAAGCUUUAAAAUAUGAAUUUAUCAAUAUUUCACAAGAAAUAGGUUUACAGAAGACAUUUGAAUAAAAUGUGUACACUCUUUGCCCGAUGCUAUGGGGUACAUGAUUUAGGGGAAAAAAAAACAACAACGAACCCCCUUAGACCAGCAGCCAUUAGCAUAGAAACUAUGGACUUCAAGGAGGAUAUGGUGUGAGCAGACGUUCCAUGCAGAUACAUACCCGUCUGAAUCGAAUUGGGAUGCCUGAAUGAAUGGGGGAGAAGAGGGGGCUGGAAGCACGUUACGAGUAUGACCCCAGAUGGUCUGCGGUGAUGUUCUCAGUAACCCGCUCCAAGCUUUGCCCGCAUCCUUUUCCUCCGGUGAAAUGAUCGCUUUGUGGCCCACGGCUGCUUACCUAGACUUCACUUAGAGUUUAUCAACUGAAAGGUUUACAAAACUGAAAUCUGGUUGAAUCUCUGUGUAGCGUUCAACUUUAAAGGGUCAACCCAUCUGUCGGCAUUUUGCACACUUAUGUAUUAUUAUGAUACAGCAUAUUACUUUAUGGUAAUUUUUAUUUUUACAUAUAACUACCUCCAUAAAUUUGAUGAAGCGGCCGCAGUGCGUUCAAGUGUAUUGUUCAGAAAAGCAAAGUUGACAACGUUCUUAACCAUCAGGCCAUGGCAUUCUGUGUGUGUGUCAGUGGUUGCCUUUGUGGACUCGUGACUGUCUCAUUGCCAUGGUUUUUCUUUGAUGGCAUUAUUUCAUUCUCAGCUGUAAACCCGUCUCUCUUCUUUCCCACAGAAAGCGCACUUGAUUUUGUUAUGAAUGAAAAGUUUAAAUUUCUUGUCUCCCCUGCCCCUGCCCCCACCUCAUUCCUGCUAAGAGCUCUCUCUGGCCAAGAGCCAGUUGGUAAACAUGAUUUAGCAAGCUAUUUACUCCUAUGAAAAUCUGAUUUGAAUUCUAGGUUUUCGGUCAUAAGACACAUCAGAAAUUUGGACUGCCAACUUUGGAGCACUUUGGGCCUCUCUGCCUUCACUUGCAUGCUACCGUAUCGAGCCCAGAUUUCAUUGGAAUUAAAAGAGCUGUGCUUUGUAUCCACAACUUCCGUUCCAUAAUUUGUAUUUCAUUUUAUAUAUUUUGCACAUCUCAGGGGACCUUCAUAAGCAUAUGAAAGGGGGUUGCCAUCAAAUAGAGAAAACGGGAAGAGCUUGAAAGAGGACUAGCUGGAUAAAAGUAAUAAAUGACUGCUUUUCUGAUGUUGUGAAGUUCAAGUUCAGGAAGCAUCCAGUGAAAGUUAAUCUGGAAUCACAACGAUGUGAACACCAGCUGUUCCUCAGUCUCCCUUUUUCAUAAUCCAACCAGCAUUUCUAAAAUGUAAGUUUAAAUUAUAUUGCCGUCACCAUGGGGAGAAAAAAAAAAAAGAAAGAAACCUGUUCAGCAGCAAUGAAAGCAUUGUUUGUUUUUUAGGUUGGCACAGCUUUGUAAAAUUCUACCCAGGACAAACCACUUAUCACCACAAAGUGUACUUGAAAAUAACGUUUUUAACUCAAAUGAUAGGCGUAUUGCUCACCAUGCAGUAGUGAUCUUGAUUCGAAAAGCCUCACAGUUUAUAACAUGGGCAGUGUUUGGAGCUUGAUUAAAAACCAAGAACAACCUAUGAGCACUUCGCACAUUCAUUUUGGGAUCUCAAAGUGCUUCCAAAGCAUUCGGAUUCACAGUUCACAGAGCAGGUCCUAUUUGUAAUACCCGUACUUGAACAAACAGAAGGAGUGACAUACGAUUACCCAGAAACACAGUGGCAGCUAUCAGUGAUCUAUUUUCUAUCUGUUUGAUAGACCCUCAUGAGAAAUCACGAAAUACAAUGCUAUUUUUCUGAUGUGUGCUAAUAAAGUCAAAGAAAACGAAUACAACUUGACACCUUUGUCCAUUUUCAUUCAAAAAGUUCAGGGUGUUGGGAAUUUGACAAAAAACAAACAAAGCCGCCCAGAUGCCCUUGGGGUCGGAAGUAGAUCUGGAACGCACACGCUUGUUUACAGUUUCCCAUGGGCUUCUCUCAAUCCUGUGCUAAAAUACCGUCUUUCAGGAACACGACUGCCCCGGCAGUGGAAGGUGCUGAUACGGAAAUUUUCACUACAAAAAAAAACCCUUUUAUCGAGUCCUCUCCACAGUGCUUCUCAGCACAACUGAAAUUCAGUAUACUGAGCCCUAAUCCGAAGAAUCUGGAGUUGCCAGGGAAACUGAUCAAGUUCCAAGUGGGUUUUUUGUUUUGUUUUGUUUUAAAUCUCAAAUUAGGAGAUAAAAGAUCCUGGUCGAGGACCUUCUUUGUAUAUCACAGGCCAGUCACAGAACCAGCUAGCAUUGCGCCGUCGGGCAACAUUGGCCCCCGCGGAAGUGAUCCUUUCCUCCCCCCCCCAACCUCCCCGACUCUCCACCACCCACCCCGGCUCUCUUAUCACCCCACCAUCCUCAAAUUUCUGCACACACUGAGGGCUUGAGGAAGCUAGGACGCAGGAAAAAUGGAGGCAAAAGCCAUGGAAGACAUUGCUUUGCUCUGGGUUAGUAGAAUACAGACAGGAAAGAGAUUAUUAUCGGUCUGAUCUUUGCCAAGUAAGAUAAAGGGAUCAGCCAUCACUCUGUCAACUCUCCCAGAAGGUUUUACAGUAUUCCGGAUACAUCCAAUCUUUUCCCAUAGAUUUUUUUUAUUUGGGAGAGGUUUCAUAAAUUAGAUCUAUGAGAAAAUUCAUUACUCUAUUUCCUGGGGUGUUGGAACCACACACUGGCGUCUCCCCGAUGGAGUUCAUCUCUGCGUCUUUUACAGCACCAUCCCGGCCAUGGCUCCUCUCACACUAGAGUCCUGUGUUUGUUUGUUUUUUAAUUGGAUGCUAAUUACUUUACAAUAUUGUAUUGGUUUUGCCAUACAUCAACAUGAAUCCACCACAGAUGUACACGCGUUCCCCAUCCUGAAGCCCCCUCCCACCUCCCUCCCCAUACCCCAUCCUGAAGCCCCCCUCCCACCUCCCUCCCCGUACCAUCUCUCUGGGUCGUUUUUACAGUUGUUUUAGGACUUACAGUGGCUGGUUUGCAAGGUUCAGAAUUCUACAAGGCUUGAGGGGGACUAAACCUUCUUCUGAUGAUUGUAUAUUACCAGUUAACAGGGCUUUCUUUGCUCCUUGCUGUCCUCAAACAUGAACAUAUGCACACACACGCCCUGCCAACGAGGAAAGGGGUUGUUUUCCAGGUGAGGUGGCCAUGACUCUGGAAGCCAGGGUAAGGCCAGAAGCCUCACCCAUCUUUUCCAGAAAUGUUUAAUGUUUGGUCCACAUACAGCUGCCUCCCUCCUUGUCCAGAGCCUGGUUUUGACAUGCCUGUUCCCUUGCACCCACCUCCUGAAAUAGGUACCAAACCCGAGAUCUGAGGUCUCCAGCACAAAUCCUCUGCAGUUUUACAAAAUCCAUCCUGUCGUGUACACACACAGCUCCUCGCCCCCCUUUCCUCCCAGUCCACCCGCCCUGCCUCCUCCCCACUUAUAUCCCGAUACACCUCCAGGGUUUCCACAUCGGAAGGGCAAAGCAGUGUGUGGUACUGUGCACACAAGGAUGGGUUAGGAAUAGAGCUGCCCUAGAGUCACCUUCAUGUAAGUAUUGACAGCUACAAAUUAAGGUCCUUAGAGUAGUUGACAUCGAUACAACUGUCUAGAAGAGAAUUAAAUUUCAACGUUCAGUUUAAAGGGAUCAUAACUCUGCAGGUAUCUUUCUCCGAGUGACUGAAUGUGACUCUUGCAUUAGGGUAAAUGAAUUAAGAAGUGCAAGUGGGAUUUACUGUAUGUUAGAAAGGAAUUUUGCAGCCAAGACUGCCUUGAAUAAAAUGUGUUUGCACUGAAAAAAAAAAAAAAUUUAAAUUACUUGGUCUCUGGUUGCUGUAAAGGUCAUCCAAGAUGGAUGUUCUGUUUAUAUUGUAUAGUAUUUCAUAUGAAAUAAUUACAGUUCAUGAAAUGUCUUCCCUAAUGUUACUGAUUUAUAACAGCACAUUUGUAACAUGGUUUUUAUCGUGUCAGUGUACCAUAUUGUAAAUGAUGAUUACUUGUCAUGCUUAGUAUAAUAACUUAAAAGAAAAAAAAGCACAGGGAUUUUUGUAAGUCUAUAUUUGAAAGUCCCUCCAUAUGGUAAUAUUGUGUUCAUGUUGUUUAUGUAGUGUUGUGUGAAAUAUCCAUUUUGGAUUGUGUUACUUUUUAAGAUAUUAAAUAACAUUUGGUUAUAUGUCUAA